AUGGAAGAAACCAGAGAGCUGCCGGAGAAACCAGAGAGCUGCCGGAGAAACCAGAGAGCUGCCGGAGAAACCAGAGAGCUGCAGGAGAAACCAGAAAGCUGCAGGAGAAACCAGAGAGCUGCCGGAGAAAGCAGAAAGCUGCAGGAGAAACCAGAGAGCUGCAGGACAAACCAGAGAGAAACCAGAGAGCUGCCGGAGAAACCAGAGUGUUGCCGGAGAAACCAGAGAGCUGCCGGAGAAACCAGAGAGAAACCAGAGUGCUGCCGGAGAAAACAGAGAGCUGCCAGAGAAAACAGAGAGAAACCAGAGAGAAACCAGAGUGCUGCCGGAGAAAACAGAGAGCUGCUGGAGAAACCAGAGAGCUGCCGGAGAAACCAGAGAGCUGCCGGAGAAACCAGAGAGAAACUAGAGAGCUGCCGGAGAAACCAGGGAAAAACCAGAGAGCUGCCGGAGAAACCAGAGAGCUGCCGGAGAAACCAGAGAGCUGCCGGAGAAACCAGAGAGCUGCAGGGGAAACCAGAGAGAAACCAGAGUGCUGCCGGAGAAAACAGAAAUCUGAUUUCACUUCUGGAGUGUGUUGUCGUACCGUAA